AUGUCUUGCGAUGCUGAAGAACCUUCUGGUCCUAUUCAGGUCCGCGUUGGCGUCGAUCGCCGCAAUUUCGCCUACGUUGACUUCACCAAGCACCGUCUUCACGAGGGGAAACCAGAAGUAAUUAUUACUGGUUUGGGACGCGCCAUUUCUGAUGCGGUUGCCGUAGUGGAAAUAUUGAAGAACCAAGGCCUCGUCACUGUGAAGAAAAUUACUACUUCACGGGGCAAUGUUAAAUCUUCAUCCACGUCAGUAAUUGAUAAGAUUGAAAUCUUGGUCGUGAAAUCGAAGGAAUUUGACAGUAUUUACGAAGAACAACAAAAAAGAAAGGAUGAAAGUGCUGAAAAAGGUCAGUAA